CUCUGGCUCCAAGCAGGAAGCAAAAAAACACGACACGAACCGGACUGUUUACUCUUAACACACAGUAAGGUUCCCGGAACGGCAGCGCGCGCAUCACCUGUCGGACCUGCGCUCGCGAGUCUUUUCUUAUCCCCCUGAGACUGUGUGCAGCUCUGCGUAUCCUGCUCCGCCCGGGUCAGGAGCGGCUCUCUGCCCGGCCAGGCGCGCUGACAUUCCCCGGGAUGUUCUCGGACGCUCCGUGAAGAGAAGAGCAGUGAGCACGUGGUCUGCGUAGUCUCAGCAUCCUGGCUAAAGGAACCUUCCUGGCCUUUUCUGGUUCCUCCACGUCACUUGUUUGCCCAGGACUCAAUCACACAGUGCUCUUCAGAUACUUAAGGAAAACUUGAAGGGGCGAGAACUCGGCGUGGAUAAAACUACAUAUAUAUUCAAUAUAACCAUGCCAAAAGAAUAAACUCUGGAAAGAGCUUUGGCUGCUGGUUAGAAAAUGGAAACUGAGGACCUUUUGUUUACAUGGCAUUGUUAGUAAAUCACCUGGAAUGACGAUAUAUUUGAAUGUGAUUGAAUAAACAGUACCUUGAAAAACUCGACAGAAGGACUAAAUAAUGGAGCCACAUGGAGCAGCUGCUGGACAAAAAUGCAGCAAGGAACCACGUGAGAAAACCUCCUUACAAAGAAAGUGGGUUUCGGAGCCCUGUGCUGGCACAAAGGGAAGCGCUUAUGCAGAAAGUUUGCAGAGCGGUAUCACUGGGACGGUUAUUGCAGCUUCUGGAAAGCUGCACAUAAGCACCGAGACUCAGUCAUCUGCAGAAUUUUUCCCCAGGUCUUAUUCCUAUCAGUUACAACACUCAUACCCACAGCAGCCCAUGCAGAAGCCGUUCCUUAGUGGUACAAAGUCGCAACCUGGUUUGGAGCCCCAUGCUUGGCCUUUCCCAGGCAAACUGCAGUCUCUGCCUCAAGAUGAUAUGUUUUCCGCACACUCACGUUCUCAUGGAGCAUUCCCCCGUCAGAAGUCACCCAGUUUACCUAGUGCUUUUUGCCAGUAUUCACAGUCAGGUUCUGAGCAAAAAGAGGAAGGACAUAAAAAGGAACAGAAACCCAAAAAGCCAGGGAAGUACAUAUGCCAGUACUGUGGAAGGGCUUGUGCUAAGCCCAGUGUGCUUAAAAAACACAUACGAUCGCACACAGGGGAACGGCCUUAUCCCUGUGAGCCCUGUGGCUUUUCGUUUAAAACCAAGAGCAAUUUAUAUAAACAUAGAAAGUCUCAUGCUCAUGCUAUUAAAGCAGGACUGGUUCCAUUCUCUGAGCUGGCAACUCGCACAGAUAUAGAUCAAGCAUCUUCAGUUGGUGAAACAGAGGUACAGUCAGAUGGAGAUCAAAGUACUGACACAGAUGAAGAAACUGCAGAGGGGGCCAUGUACCCAGAAAAAACUAGCUCCAUACCCCAGAUAUCAUUUGAUUCUGACAAAAGCACUUUAGUCAAAGGUGGAGAACCAGCAUACGCAGACUCAGCAGAAGAGAUGGCCGUGGCAUCGAUGAAAGUGCCUAUCUUAAUUGUUCCUAAACAGGGGCUAAUGUCAACAGCCAUAGAGUGUACCCCUUCCAAUAUGAGAGGAGUGGUCCAGGGAGAUGAGUCGCAUACUGUCAAACAGAGACUUGCUUUAAGACUCACUGAUAAAAAAGGCCAAGACUCGGAGCAAUCCCUUAAUCUGUUAAGUCCGCACAGUAAAGGUAGCACCGAUUCUGGCUAUUUCUCUCGUUCUGAGAGUGCUGAGCAGCAGAUUAGUCCACCCAACACCAAUGCAAAGACUUACGAAGAGAUUAUGUUUGGACGAUCUUGGUAUUACAGACCAAUUACCAGAUCUAGACAUCCAGGGACAAUUGGAAUUCCUGCUACUGUUAGUCCUGACCAACAAAACAAAUCUGCCAUGAUAGAAACAGACAUGGGAAAGAUAUCAGAGGAUCGCAUAUUCUUUAGAGAAACUUAUGCAGAAUCGCAAAUGGUUUCAGGGUUUGACCCAAAGCAAUACCCCCGAGGCUCCUUCCUGGAAGCUCCUUCUGAGACAGGUCCACUAUUAAGAAGUAACUCAAUGCCAACACCAUCCCCUACUAAUCUUAAUGUUCCGUCAGCUCUGAGAGGGAGUCACUCCUUUGAUGAAAUGAUGUCUCCAGACGAUGUAUUUUAUCCAGGGGCAGCUGGUUUAAGAAGGCUGAGGAGACAGGCCGCUUUUGAGCAUGGGGAAUCCGAGAACUAUGGAAAGAUGGGAGGUCAGUUUUCAACAAUAAAGAUGGGGGAGAGGGAACAGCUGAUGUCAGAGUUCAAAGGCUCAGGAUCAGAACUUUCCUGUCCUGAAAUGCGGACAGCAUAUGGCAGCUGCGGUACGAAGUUCGGAAUGCCAGAGGUGACCACAAGAAAACGUCGGAAAGAAAAGAGUGUUGGUGAUGAAGAGGACUGCCCUGGACAAUAUGAUGACAUGAAAAAUGUCUCUCUGGAAACUUCUGGGGACUAUGAUAUAAAACCAGGAAAUCAGGAAAGUAUACACACAGGUAGAGGACCUAUGUAUAGUGGUUACAAUUCAUUGGAAAGUUUUGAUAAAUCUGGUCCAGAGGAUGUUGUACUUGUUCAAGAUACAGACCGAAAGGCUGCGGGCAAUGUAAUAUCUGUUAUUCAGCAUACUAACUUGCUAAGCAGGCCAAGCUCAUUUGAAAAGACUGAGUCCAUUGAACAUCAAUCUUAUCAGCCAGAUAAGCCUGUCAGCCAACUCUCUGAGCAGUCUGACCCUGAGAACAUUGAUGAUGUGCAGAGUCCUGAUUCUUUUUUGAGGUCUGAGAGCAUGGAACAUCAACAGCAAAGUGACAGUGAAUUAGCAUCUAUUUCACCCAGUCAGCAAUAUCACAUGCCCCACAAACUUGUACGGCAACCCAACAUUCAAGUACCUGAAAUUAGAGUCACAGAGGAACCGGAUAAACCAGAAAAAGAACCAGAGGUGCCAGCUAAAGAGCCAGAGAAACAUGUGGAGGAGUUCCAGUGGCCACAGAGGAGUGAGACUCUGUCCCAACUCCCAGCAGAAAAACUGCCCCCGAAGAAAAAACGUCUGCGUCUUGCAGACAUUGAGCACUCAUCUGGGGAAUCAAGCUUUGAGUCUACCUGUACCAGUUUGUCCAGGAGCCCAAGUCAAGAUAGCAACCUGUCUCAUAGCUCAAGCUUCUCAAUGUCAUUUGAUAGAGAGGAAAGCAUGAAGUCAGUGUCACCAACCAAGCAAGAUGAUUUCUGCAAGCAAUCAGAAUUUUUAACUGUACCAGGGAGUGGUCAUUCUUUGUCAAUACCAGGUCAUCACAAGGAGAUGCGUCGCUCCUCAUCAGAACAGUCCCCUUGUGGUUUACCUGUUGAGGUGCCAGAAACUCGUAGCAAGUCAUUUGAUUAUGGAAGUUUGUCAACCAAUUCAAGACAAGGGGAGUUAUAUGCCAGUGCAUCAUCCAUGAAGGAACGUAGACGUGGAUAUCUGGUUAGACAGGCAUCUUUAAGUGUCUAUCCUGAAGUUGUACCUCAGGAGCAAUGCUCUGAAAUAACUAUUAAACAAGAACUUUCUGACCGCCAUAAUUUACCUUCUUCCUGGCAAGGCACCACACCUCUACCCACUCCACCCUAUCUUGUGGCUGGAAGUGAUCUAUUAAGACAAAAAAGAGGAUCGUAUCAGUUGCUACAGCAGAGCAUCAGUGAAGACAGCCAGUCAGACGACUUGCAAAAGUCACCACGUUUGCCAGGCCAGCUGUCAACAGACAGUGAGGCUUCAAUACAUGAGCACAUGAGCCAGGAUGUAAUGCAACACUCAUCACUUCCGAGUAGCUUGGGAUCAUUACCGUUUUGUCAGACAGUUGUCUGGUAUAGUGACCCUACACGACCCAAGCAGCACCAGGGUAUCCAUCAGCUACAGAAAGUACAUAUUCGCCCACCAACUUUAAAUAAAUCCCACCAUCCUCUUCAUCAAAUACAAGUACACAAUGAAUCCAAUAGUGAUGGGGUAAGUCAGACUUAUCCUUACGUCUCAAGAGCUUCUCCACAAACUAUCAGUACUUCAUCAAAACUGCUCACUACAAACUCAGUUUUCUUAGAGCAAAUUCAUCCUGGCUUUACCACUCAAAAUAUAGGUUUACAGUCAUCACACUCUGGAAUGCAAGUUCCCGUUAGAAUUCAAACAAAUGUGCCAUCAUAUGGUAAUGUUAUGUACACAAGUGUUUCACAAGUUGUUGCAACUCAUGCUCAGAGUACUACUUCUCUCAGAUUAAUAGGCUCAGACAACCCAUCUGCCAGCUCACUUAUGGGCAUAUCUCCAAAACACCCAACGGGGUUCAGUUUAUCAAAAAUAUUGGGCCAUACAGAAGGAUCUUUGCAAUAUCCACUUUGGAAAGUUCCUGAAGCAUUACCUGGAAGACUGAAUACUGGCAUUCCAUUGUCCUUGACAUCAGGAACCAUUUCAACCACAGAUGCCUCAUCUAGUAUUGGAGGAAGCAAAAGAAUGCUCUCACCAGCCAGUAGUCUUGAACUUUUUAUUGGCACCAAGCAACAAAAACGGAUUAAGGAGGAAAAGAUGUAUGGUCAAAUAGUGAAAGAGCUAAGUGCCGUUGAACUAAGUAAUUCAAGUGCACCAAAUGAUGGAGAUGUUUCGCCACAGCCUGAUGUUUUAAAGAGAGACGACUCAGUAGAUGAUCUGGAGAGGAUGUCCUCAUCUCCACCAGCUAAUUACCCAUCUAUGUUGUCCUCUGCACCUGAUGUGCCACACAAGGAAAGCUUUACCCCACCUCUACAAAUUGUGAUGAAAACAUCUAAAAGAGCGGAGUCCCCAGAGGAGCUUGAUGUAGACAACUCCACUGCAGAGGACACUCAAUCAAUGAUCUCUUCAAGCGACACUCAAGAUGAACUGAAGCAGACCAAGAUCCCGGUGAACAUGUUGGUGCAACUUGCUGGCAGUCAGGGUGGUGCUGUGUGUGGGAGCACGCUCCUGCUGACUGACCUAGCAGAUGUUGAUCAGUUCUUUCAGUUUCCCAGUCUGCGUACAACAACAAGUGUCAGCUGGUGCUAUCUAAAUUACACCAAGCCAAACAAUGCUCAAACAACUCCCUUAAACUCUGUUUAUGGUUCUUGGUGUGUGAGCUCCUAUAACCCAAACCCCCUCAGCCUCAGCACCAAGGCAACUCUGGCAUUACUCUGCUCCAAACAAAGGAGAAACACUGAAACGUACACAAUGGCUGCUAUGUAUCAGCCAGGGACUGGAAAACUUGUCUCAUCCUUGUUGUGGAAGCAGAAGUUUGAGCAGAUGAAGCCAGAGCUUGUGAAGCUGGAUAUCGGCAAGUUGGGAAAGAAAAUUAAAGGUGUGAUGUCAAGGGACAGAGUGAAAGAAGACCACGGAGAGAAGGAGGCUUCGUCAAAGCAGGCUGAACCCACACGCAUAAAAAUUUUUGAAGGAGGGUACAAAUCAAAUGAGGACUAUGUUUACGUGCGGGGCCGAGGUCGGGGGAAAUACAUCUGCGAAGAGUGUGGUAUCCGCUGUAAAAAGCCAAGCAUGCUGAAGAAACACAUUCGCACACACACUGAUGUUAGGCCAUAUGUCUGCAAGUUCUGCAACUUUGCUUUUAAAACAAAAGGAAACCUAACAAAGCACAUGAAGUCAAAAGCCCACAUGAAAAAAUGCUUGGAGCUUGGGGUGUCCGUGACGUGUAUAGAUGACGUGGAGGGAGUUGAUACUCCUGAGGAGAUCCAGAAGGAUCCUGGAAAGAUUGGCCUAUUGGAAAUCAUGACGGAGCACCAAUUUUCGGAUGCUGAUGAUUCAGAAGGGGCUGAGGAAGAUGGCGACGAGGUGGAUGAGGAUGAAGAUGAUGAUGAUGAUUACGAUGGUGAUUCAACACCAAAGACAUUGUCUCGAAGCACAAGCCCACAUCCAUAUGCCAUCCCUUCGAAUUCUGUCACUGCAAUUGCUGCAUCAAAUGACACUGGCCCUGAUCUGCUAAGCUCAGCCCACAAGCAACCACUGCUUGGAUAUUAUUCAAGUUUGCCUAGUAUUCAAAUCACUCAACUCAUGGUGCCUGGUGAGAAAGCUAGCGAGAGCCAAAUGGCAGGAUACCAGAAACUGCUUCAAGGAGCUUUGGGAGAAGACCCUAAAACCAGGUUGGAGAUGCCUCGGUCCAUGGAUGAAGCUCCUGGUUUGUCUCCAGACCAUAGCUCAUCUUCUUUUGAAUUCUCCCCCUCACGUCUGUCCUCACCUAGCUGUGACUCCUCGCCUCUUCGAGAACCUUCACCACGGUACUUGUCCCCAAAACGCGACCUCUCCCCACGGGGUCGUCUGUCACCAGGAAGAGAGGCUUCACCCCUUAGACCUCUGUCUCCCAGGAGGGAAAUCUAUAGAAAAGAUGUGUCUCCAAGGAGAGACAUGUCCCCCAGAGGCCUCCUUUCACCUGUCUCUCAUGCAGGGUGUCCAGUUUCGCCCCCUAGAGAUCUCUCUUGCAGACGUGAGCUGUCCCCCAGAGGACGGUACAGGGGUGUGCUCAGACCAUUGUCUCCAAGAAGGGCACCUCACAGUGGACCUUGGACACUGAAUCAGCAUCCUUACAGAGACAUUGCUUUGGGGGCUCAGAAGAGCCGAGGCCACUCAGAAAUUAAUAUGAAUCAGAGGAAAAGUUAUGCUCAAGGAGACAGAAAUAGCACAGAAGCUCUCUCUACGCACCAAGGUCUGUUUAGCCAUCUUCCCCUCCACUCCCAGCAACAGGUUCGUUCACUUUUACCAAUGAUUCCAGUCGGUGGAAUCCAUAUAGUGCCAGGCCUGUCCCAUUCCACGCGCCUUCCUCUCAACACGACACCUUCAGAGGAAUCUGGCGAGGGGUCUUUGUACUCAGAGAGUUGUGACCCUAACGCCACCCAAGGUCCAGACGAUACAGCUCACCCGAAAGAGAUGGCACUGUCCCAGACAGCUAUAAGUUCAGCAGCCUCACCGUCUUCUCAGCAGUCCAGAGAUAAUGCUCACAAAGAGAGCAAGCAAGAAGAAGGCAUCCUGACGUGCACUAAGGCUAUUGCUUCAUUGCGCAUUGCCUCAGAGGAACCCUUAGGAAAGGUGGCUGGUUCCAUCGAGCAGAUCCAACAGCAGACGUCGUCUUGUUCUAUCGCUCAGCCAGAGAGUGCGGUGAGCGGGGUACAGAAAUUUAAUAGCUCAGAGUUUAGGCACUCCAGCACAGAAACUGAUGUGUCUCCUACAUCCAACGCUCCUGCGGAGAGGUCACUUGGUCAACAGGGUCAGGGCAGGAGUCCGCAAACAGCACAACAAACGACUGACAACAGCUGAAUAAUGUUGCAGUGGAGGACAGUACAUUACACUUGUAUGUUUACACAUACACAGUCACACUCAUAUAUUUGAGUGUACAAGUACCGCGUAGCAUGCCUUUUAUAACCCGGUUUGCUCUUUUAAACUCUGGUUCUUUUUCUUAUUUAAACUGUCAGAGAAUAACCUAUAUGUUAACUUAUACCUGUAUAUGAGCCUGACCAAAAUUGCUUAUGUCUGGUACUCUAAAAUGUACAGAUCUGUGUGCCUUUAUUAUUAGUUUUUUGUUUGUGUUUUCAAAUUAUGCUUAUAUUCUUAUAAGCAUAUAAAAAUGUAAAUACGUCAAAACUUUGUGUAUCAGCUUUGUAUUAAAUGCAGGUCACUGUCUUUUUGUCUUUUUUUCAGAUAUGAUGUGAAGUAUCAAUAUAUGUAUGGUUGCACUAAAAACAUAUUUUUAUAUGAGUGAAAUGAAACAGCUUUUGUGUACAGCAUCAAUUCUAUAAUAAUAUUUAUUGUAUCUUGUUUCAUAAAUUGUAAAGAAAAGUUUUUUCUUAAUGUUGUGAAUGCCUUUGCUAAGUAAAAGCAUGGAUUUUACUAUUGCAUAAUAAGAAGAACAAAAUAUGUAUACUGUAAAAUGGCUUUCUAUUAGACAUAUUCGUAUACGUCAAGCCAAACUUGUUUCAAUGAGUGAGGUUAUAUAUAUAUAUAUAUAUAUAUAUAUAUAUACAUCUUUUUUUUUCUUUUACAUUGGCAAACCAGAUCACACAGUAUGGUGGACGGUAGCUUUACCACCUCUUUUACAGUCAGCUAAAUAGGCUACACACUAGUUGUGAUAUUGCUGCUCUGUCACGUAGAACUGUCAAGCAUUAAAGUGAAUCAGCUUGUUGACUUGUUCACUUAAUUUGGGAAAAAAAAAACAUUCUGAAAUGGUUGCAAACUCAUCAUCAUGUCACUUUCAAGUAUUUGUUUUAUCAAUUACAAUGGGGAACAUUCCAACACACACACACACACACACACACACACAUACAUACAUACAUAUAUAUAUAUACAUAUAUAUAUAUAUAUAUAUAUAGGAUUUGAGCUUUGAAGGAGUUCAUUAUGGCCCAUGCCAUUAACUUUUUUUUUGUACAAUAGUUAAAAGUUGGUAAACUCCAAUUGCAACUCUUUACAAAUGCACUUUAUAUUUCUUAAACCUUUCAGAAAAAAAAUUAUGCUCAUACUAUAUUAAAAGAAUUUUUAGAAUCAAGACUGAUUAAAGAGGAAGCGUUUAACUGGA